GUUGAUGCACAACGUGCGUUAUUGCUUGCAACUGAACGUCGUAGAUCGCUGAUUUUUGAGUUGGAUCGAAUCAAACAAGCACGAGCCGAUGGAAUGCGCACAAACCAGCCAUCGGGUCCGAAAGGAACGCUGACAAUAUCGAACAUUAAUAUCAAGCUAAUGCGUGAUUUCAUAAAUGGACACAUAAACUUUCACAACGAUCAACUUCUAUUUUACUUCAUCGUUCUGAUUCGUUACGGUGAAUGCGUUAUGCACACAACAAUGAUCACCAGUGACGAAGGUCUCAAAAGUGGCAAACUCGAAUUUCCGCAUUACAUUCAACUUAAAUCACUACCGCACGAUUUCACUUGCUCAUUGGAAAUCUACGCUCUGGUCAGUUGA